CGUGCUUUACGGUUCGAGAUUAACGAGAAAAUCUUGUAAAAACCUUUUAAAACAAAAAAAACUUCAAAUUCCCUCACUAGUUUCUAAAACUUAAUGUAAUACAAAAUUUUGGAAAUUACAUGACAAAAGCCUUAAACAAUUGCCUAAACUUUUGAUACACUCUUUUUUUUUGCGUGCCUAUAAAACGACAACAAAACUGCGAGAACGCCUUGUAUGGAGCAUGUCCACAGAUAAUCCCACACAGUUGCUGACCACCCGCGAUCUGAGCCAACUGCGUGGCCAUCUGCAAUCCGGCGCAGCGGUGGCCUCCACGCCCACUUCUGUGGUGGCAGCGGCGCCAGUGGCUGCCGCCCAUGGAUACCGCACCAUAGCAGCACCACCACCACCACAACCACAAUCACCCGCCAUCAUCAGCAGCAGCAGCAGCAGUAGCCUUAGCAGCAUCAGCUGCAGCACCACCAGCACCACAGCAACAUCGUCAGCAGGAGCAGCACCAUCAAUUAUAUCACCAGUUAUAUUCACAAGCAAUAGCAACAUGCCGGCCAGUGCCUCAAAAUAUGUAUUUCUGCAACACAAUCACAAUGGUGGCUUCACCGUUGCCCCAGCAACGACGACGGCGGCCACCGAAAGUCCCGGAACAGUUGGCUCCACCGGUGGCAAUAUAGUGCUCCUUGCUGCCGAGCCCCUGGAAAUGGGUUCUGGAGAGACUUUGGUCAAUGUGCGAACCACCGAAGACGAUGGCGAGUUGCGUUCGCUGUCCUGGCUAAACGAUAGCAAUCUGAUCAAGGGCAUUGUGACCACGACGGCGGGACAGGCAGGGAAACGUGGUGCAGCGGUGGCCAUCAAGACGACAGCGGGAGCAGGAUCAACAGCGCCCAAUGGCAAUCUGUGCAUAGUGAGCGAUUUGAUAGAAGAGCUGCCCACCAAUCUGGGUGAAACCAGUGAACAGGAGGCGGUCGGUGGUGCAGCCAGUGGGUCAGCAGCUGUGUACAGCACCACAACGGUGCACAAAGGAGCCAGUGGCACCACCACGGUGGUGGAGUACAAAGCCAGCAAGGCCAAUCAACAGCAGCAACAGCAACAGCAGCAGCAGCAGCAGACGACCUAUUUGCCAACGCCAACGAGAACCACAAUGGUGGGUCAUGGCUAUAUGCCGGUGGUGGUGAGCAGUGCCUCCGCGCCCACUACUCUACUCUCGCCCGCCAAACAGCAGCAACUCCAGCAGCAGCAGAUCUAUGUGACCAGCAAUGGGAGUGCAGCAGGAGUAACCCCCGCCGGGGGAGGAGCCGUAUACAAGGCGGCCAGCCAGGCCCUGUGCUCGCCAACCACCAGCAACAACAGCAGCGGCAGCAGCAACACCACCACCCACCAUCCGCACAAGAAGUAUCUGCGCGAGAAGAUGCACGUCCAGAUGGAUCACAGCAGUCAGGUGGCCUCAACGGUGACGGUGGUCAGUUCGCCUGCCUCCUCAAACAAUUCCUCGAUAAGCAGCUCCAAUUCUGGUUCCGUAUCCGGUUCGGGCUCCUCGACGGCGGCCGUGAAUGGUGGCAAUAGCCCAGUGCCCAAGGCGGGUAGUUUUAGCACUGUCUUCGAGGCGGUCAACUAUGCCACCUCGGCGGCCAGCAGCAGCAACAGUAAUGGCAAUGGCAAUGGCAACAGCACGCCCAGCAGCCAAGCGAUGCUCCAUGGCCAGGAGCCAGCGUCGGUGGUCACCACAACGACUCUGAUCAGUGCCGGAUCCCUGCCGCCGGGCUAUAGCUUUGUUAACCACGUGGCCAGCACGCCGCAUGUCAUUUCCACGCCAGCGCAUGUGGCCUCACCGGAGACGCCACCAGGAGCUGCAUUGUUGCCUGGGACUUACUACACCACCAGCACCACUGCAGCGGGCACAACCACAACGACCUUACAGCCGCGCAGUCUGCAGUUAUCCGUUUCCCCCCCGCCGCCAAAUAUGACGACCACGAGUCAUGUGCACAAUGGAUCUCUGGGAGGAGGAGGAGGUGGUCCUGCAGGAUCCGGUGGAGGAGGCGGUGGAGGAGUCAACCUGCGCAGUCCCAACAGUUACACCAGCUACGACAACGAGGAUUCGCUCAAGGAAUUCGAUCUGGUGGUCAGCUCACGGAUGCACACAAGCACACCCCAAUAUUCGGUAUCCAAGAACGGAGCCAAUGGUUAUGGCAGUGGCAACAGCAAUGUGAAUAGUGCUGGAGCCGGUUCCAAUACGCCGCAGAAGCAGAAGCAUCCCAAUAACGUGCCAUACGAUCCGCUAGUGCAUACCAAUAACAAGCCGCCAUAUAGCUUUAGUUCCCUGAUCUUCAUGGCCAUUGAGGGCUCGAACGAGAAGGCUUUGCCUGUGAAGGAGAUCUAUGCGUGGAUCGUGCAGCACUUUCCGUACUUCAAGACGGCGCCCAAUGGCUGGAAGAACAGUGUGCGUCACAAUCUGUCGCUGAACAAGAGCUUUGUGAAGGUGGAGAAGGCGCCGAAUAUGGGCAAGGGUUCGCUGUGGCGAGUGGAGCCGCAGCAGCGCCAGAAUCUCAUCCAGGCGUUGAAUCGAUCGCCCUUCUUCCCCAACUCGGCGGUGGAUAAGAUCAGUCCCUCGCUGAAGAGUCCUGGUGGUGGAUCCGCCUACGAUAGCCUCGAUGGUGGCGCCGUGUCGUCCUCGGUUCAGCCGGUGGCUGCGGGAGCUGGAGUUCCUGCCACCGCCGCCGCUGCCGCCGUGGCCCUGUCCACACCCACGAAAAGCAAUGGUCUGGUGCUGGCCAACGGUGCUAGUCAGGCCACCAAUGCAGCUAGGCCACACAGUCCCAAUGGCGGCGGCAGUGGCAGUCAUGCCCGCUUCGAUCCCAAGCUCUUUCCCAAUCUGUCCAAGGCUUUCCGCAACAUUCGCGAGGAUUCAGCCGGGCAGCCACUUCCCCAGGAUGUCAUCAAUGAUGAUGAUGCGUCCGGGGACUAUCACAACAAUAACAAUAAUAAUAAUAAUAGCAAUGUUAACAACAAUGGCAGCAAGUACAACUAUGUGGGCUUGAAUGGAACUGGAGGAGCUGCAACUGGUGCCACCACAAAUGGAGCUUCCGAUGGCAUUAACUUCGAGCGACUGGCCCGCGAUUGCGGAGCGGACAGCAUGGAUGAUGUGCACGCGGCAGCGGCGAUGCUCUUCCUCAAACACGGACCAAAGGCCUUUAGUGAGCCCUUCCAGAAUGGGAGUGCCCCGGUGAUAACGAGUUCUCCCAGCGAGGAUCACACAUAUUCGGCGGGCGGCAACAGCAAUGCGGACAGUGGCUCCUCCACGCCGCUGACCAAUGGCAAUGUCCUGGCCAACGUGGCGCAGGCUGUGGUUCAGGCCCAGAACAACCAGGGAGGAGCUGGUUCCGAUAGCAACUGUGCCAGUUCGGAUGCCGCCUACGAUAGCAGCGAAGAGAAUCACAACAUCACGCCCGAGGAGAUGGCCGAUCGGCAGCGACACCGCGACGGCGUGGACGCCCUGCUCUCCCUUUCCCGCUCCUCGAUUGUGGAGUGCGGCUCGGUGGCCACCACCCACUAUCACAGCAACGGCAGCAGUGGCAGCAGUCACGGAUCCCCGCACAAGCGCGCCUCCAGUCACAGUUUGGAGGAGGAGCACCUGCAGCAGCACAGGGAGCAGCAACAGCAACACCAGCAGCAACAGCAGCAGCAUCAUCUCCAGCAGCAGCAACACCUCCAUCAGCAAUUUGGCAGCAAUGGCAAUCAGGCGGUCUACACCAAUGGCAGUGGCAGCAAGAUGGCCUUAUUAAGCAGUGCCGCUGCCAAUGUGGCACUUGCCCAACAGCAGCAACAACAGCAGCAGCAGAUUCACCAGGAUCUAUACUCCUCGACGGGCGGGCACAAUGCCAGCAUAUAUCUGAGUGGAUUGAACAAUCACUGUCUGCCCGCCGCGGGCGGUGUGGGCUCGGUGGGCGUGGCAGCGGGCAUGUUGCCACAGCAUUUGAGUGCUGCCAUGGUGGCGGCGGCGGCGAGUAAGAACAAGGUGAAACCGCUUCGAGGAUUACGCACCAAGAUCAAGCGAAAGUCCGCCUGGAUGCGGUGAAUAUGGCGACAGGCUGGCGGCAAAUGCACCUAAUACAGCCACCACGGAAACGCCUAAUUACCACGCCCCCAACCGCCCUGCCCCGCCCCCCCCACCAUCGACCUAUUGUUGUCUCUUUCUAAAGCAAAAAUUGUUCAAAUCACAGAGCAUUUAGACUAAAUUUCGUAACCUUAAUGGGGGCUUUAAGUUGGCCCAUCUUUUUCUAUUCCUUGCUCUAUUUUUCUGCAAGAUUUUUUGUGUGUUUUUACCCCUUCCGUGUUUGUUAUACAAAUUAUUGACUAUUUUUUUUUUGAUUAUUAUUUUAAAUUUAGACUUAAACUAUUUUUUUUUUUUACCUUACUUUGCCCCGCAAUUGAUGGUUGGCCAUUUAAUUAUUACUUGAUUAAUUAUUAUUAUAUGAUUUACUAGCCAUCCUAGCUGCAAUUUCUUAUAACUCUUAGCUGUUAAGUGCAAUUCUGAUUUUUUUAGCUUGUAAUUUUAAAUUGUGCAAAUAUUUUACAGACCAAUCGCAAAAAGAAAAUACUUUUUACAAAAUGCCAGAUGAGAGAACCAGAGUUAUAGAGGAAAAGUGUCUGGUUUUUAGACCCCCCCCCCCCCCCAUUCGUUGUUAGCUUUUAAUAGAAAACAUCUAGUUUAUUCGAUUUAACUCGCGAAUUGAGGGACACAAACUAAGUAAACUUUUCCAGCGUAUCAGUGACAAGGUUUAUAUCAAAUGGAAAAUAAACGAAAAACACCAACAAAUUGAGCUAAGUAAGAAAAAUCAAAGAAAACAUGAAACGAAAUAACGAAACAAAAAAAUUGUAAAAACGCCAGAAAAAGGAGAAAAAAGCAAGAAAGCAAAAGCAAACGCAACGUUUGUACAAAGAGCAACCAGAAUUAAGAUAGGUUCUUUUUUAUUUCGGCUAUGGGCCGCAAGAAAAUGUUUUUCCUACACUUAUAAGAUCCAAAAAACACCCUACUUACAUGAUCUAAAGAAAGCGAUAUAAGAAAAUAUACACAUAUACAUAUAGAAAGAGAGUUAUAUAGAGAAACUUAAGAUAAGCCAAGCAAGAAACCCACAAAGGAACACACAUUUAGCGCCUUAUAUAUUGAGUCCUUAGCUAAAAACGAAAGAGAGAUCUGUUGAAUUGUUUGAACUGCUUUGUUAUACGAAUGCAUGAGUACAUAUAUAUUCUAAAAAUAUAUAUAACUAAGGCCCCCCUUCUCCUUUAUCCCCCCCCACGACACUCAAGCAAAUGUUAAAUCAAAGAUAUUUAGUUGAUAAGCCAGGGAGUAAAACGAGAAACCUAAUUGUAAGCUUCAUUUAGAUGGUUACGUAGUUGAAAUGCUAAACAUUUGUUAACGAGAAUCAAACCGUAAGCUAGCCGAUUUUAGUUGAAUGAACCUCCAACAAUUUACCCCGCCCCAGGUGUAUAUACAGAAUGGAAUAAGCUGUUGAAAAAUCAUGCUGCACAUCUUUACAUAGGCAUAUUGUGGAAACCAAGAAAUACUUAUUAACAUUUAAAUAAGCAAAAGGAAGAACUUGACAAAGAACGCCCUAAGUGUAUACACUUCAUGUACCUUUUUAGCAAAAAGCAAAAACGCAAAAGCAAAGAUCGCAUUAAAAAUUAUAUACAUACAUAUUAUAUUUAAAUUACCAAUUACGAAACUAAACUAAAUGUUGAUGUCAAAGAGAAACCAAUUUGCUAGUUGUUACAAACAAGAAAACAAACAAGAAAGAAAAAAACAAUGUUAAAACUAUUUUGUUUCCUCAAAAACUUAUUAUUAAGAUUAUGGUUUUUUGUUUUCUAGUUUAGUUACGUAAGAAUAUUGCCUUGAAGCAUGUUAUUGGGAAAGGAAUGUGACUAAAUACCAGAAGCGAGAACAACAAAAUAAUUGUACACUUAGCUUUAACUUAAGGUCCUACAAAGAAACCCCCCCCAAAAUACCCAAAUACCCCCUUUUAUAAACCCCCUUCGCACGACACACAGUGAAAGACAAUCGCCGCCCGUGUUGUUGUCGUUGUCGCUUAAGUUUAAACAAAUUCUAUGUAGCUAUAGAGACACCUACGAGUAAUCUAUAUAUAAAUUACAGACAGCAAUAGCAAAGUACAUAUACGACAAAUAUGGUUAUACAACCUUAAGCUUUAGCCGAGAAAGCUGGAGAUCUAUCUUCCCGAACCCACAAGUCCUAUAAGUCCCUAUAUCUCCUAUAUAUCCCGAAAACAACCGAUGAGCUAACCAGUUUUGUUAACGUGUUUUUUCUUCUAUUUUAAUUAUUAUAUCGCAUCAUUAUUAUUAUUAUUAUUAUUACAGUAUAUAUAUACAUGCUGGUAUAUAUACUUAUAUAUUUAAUUGAUUAUACAACUUUUUUUGCGUACCAAAUACACACCAAUCAAAAUGUGAAAUAUUUUCUUU